UUGUCCCAUUCCAUCCAUUUCUCUUCCAUUUCACACAGCUUAUAUUUUUUGUACUCUCAUUCUUUUUCUCUCUGAACCUUCAUUCAUCUCUAUCCAUUCUUCACACAACACCAUCAAAAAGAUGAACAACUAAAAAAAAACUUUAUUCUUCAAUUUUUGCUUUUAUUUCUCACCUCUUUCUCUACCUGAAGUUCCUCUCAAACAAACAAUUUUUUUUUCAUUUAUUAGAACAAAGGAAAAGACAAAAGAUACCCACCUUAAGUGGACCCUUCAACUUAUCAACUCGAUUGCGAUUCAUUAAACGCUGUCGUUUAGCAAAAAGGGUUUUCCUUUCAUAAUUUCUUCCUCUUUUUCAUCUUUCUCACCAAACUGGCGAAAAUGAGUUUAACAACAGUAGAAGACGAUUCAUCUUCCGAAAUCCAUUUACCAGCAGAAAUUGACUGGCACAUGCUAGACAAAUCGAAGUUUUUCUUCCUCGGCGCCGCCUUAUUCUCCGGCGUCUCCGCCGCACUUUAUCCGAUGGUGGUUUUAAAAACUCGGCAACAGGUUUCUUCUUCACACUACUCUUGUAUCAACAUGUCAUGUGCUAUUAUGCGGUACGAAGGUUUUAGAGGCUUUUAUAAAGGUUUUGGUACUUCUUUGAUGGGGACUAUCCCUGCUAGAGCACUUUACAUGACAGCACUUGAGGUUACCAAGAGUAGCGUUGGUACUGCUUUUGUUGAUUUGGGUUUUUCUGAUAAUACUGCUACUGCUGUUGCUAGUGCUGCAGCUGGUGUUACUUCAGCUAUGUCUGCUCAGUUGGUUUGGACUCCGAUUGAUGUUGUUAGUCAGAGACUCAUGGUUCAAGGUUGUAGUAGUGGUGGUGGCGGUGGUGGUCGUGGUGGAGGAAAGAGUAUAUUGGCGAAUCUGAAUUCGGAGAAUUAUAGAAAUGGUUUAGAUGUGUUUAGAAAAAUUCUUUAUAAUGAUGGGCCAAGAGGAUUCUAUAGAGGAUUUGGGAUUUCGAUAUUGACAUAUGCGCCAUCGAAUGCUGUUUGGUGGACUUCUUAUUCUAUGGUUCAUAGGUUUAUUUGGGGUAAUUUUGGUUCAUGUUUGUGUAAGAGUGGUAGUAAUUUGGGUGGUGGUGAUGGGUGUGUUGGUUAUAGACCUGAUUCUAAGGUUAUGGUUGGUGUACAAGGUUUGAGUGCUGUUGUGGCUAGUGGUGUUUCUGCUAUUGUGACAAUGCCGUUUGAUACUAUUAAGACUAGGUUGCAGGUUUUGGAUACGGAGGAGAAUGGGAGAAGGCGGCCGUUAACUUUUGCGCAAACGGUUAGGAAUUUGGUGAAUGAAGGUGGUUUGUUUGCUUGUUACAAAGGAUUGGGACCGAGGUGGGUGUCGAUGUCUAUGUCGGCUACGACUAUGAUUACUACUUAUGAGUUCUUGAAACGCAUGUCAACAAAGAGGCAAGAUUAGUUCAAUUUAGUUUCAUCAGCAAAAGAUAUGUUCAUAGGUUGAUGAUUUUAAAUUACGGUUUCAGUAGUUGUUGUUUGUCAAUCUUGCGGAGAUCUCAAAAUCCUUUAUAUUGCGGUCAUAAGUGUGGUUGUUGAACACAAAUUAGAAUUAUGCAUAGGAUUAUAAGAAUUAGGAUUAGGGUUAGGAUUGUUUUUUUUUUCUUUCUAAGUUUUAGUUUGUUAGGUUCUAUGUUCAUAUGAUGAAUGAGCUUGUAAAUACAACUCUUUUGCUUUUCUAAUCUAGAGUUACCAUAGGAGUUUCAUAUAA